ACUCACUUUUCUUCUCUUUCCACGGAAAAUUUGGAGUUGUAGAUCUCAUUCAAACCAAAUAAUUCUGCAAUCUCGUCCUUUUUCCGCCUCAAAUCAACUUGCAAAAUGUCUCAACAACUCGUAGAAAUUCUCGGAUAUGCAACAUCUCAAAUACCGGAACACGUAAAAAUCGCCGAACAAAAAUACGCCGAAUGGUCUUCGAUGCCCGGAUUUUACCCGAUGUUAGCGCAAAUCCUCGCCGACACGCGACUUGAAGAAAAAAUCCACUUAAUGGCGUUAAUUUGGCUGAAAAAUGCCGUUCAACGAUUAUGGAGACCUUCGCAACCGAAUGCCUUGCCGCAAGAGGAUAAAAAUGUGAUAAAAAGUUUUUUGUUGUCGGCAUAUCCAACGACGUCACCCGCACUCUCGAAACAGAUGGCAGAAAUUUUCGCUCGUAUCGUGAGAUGCGAUCCGCUGAAUGGAUGGCCUCAACUUUUGCCGGAACUGAUGCAAGCUAUUCAAGAUCCCGAUAAUUUGAGACAAUCGAGGGCGUUGCUGAUGUUGUUGCAUGUCAUAAAAGGCUUGAGUGCAAGACCAACUUUGCAAGAAAGGAAACAUUUUGAACAAGUUACCGCCGAAAUGUAUCAAUUUAUGGCAAAUGCGUGGCUUUCGCUGAUGAGACUUUUCAUGACGGGCGUUCAGGAAGGUCGUUCGUUGCAAGAAUUGAGUCAAAUUUUGGACAAAGCUGUACUUUCGUUGAAAAUUAUCAAGCGAAUGAACCUUUUUGGACUUUUUAAACCUGAAAAAAAUGAAAUGUGCAACGAAUUUUGGCGAAAUUUCCUUCCUCCGAUCGACGAAUUGUUGCAUUGUCGCAUGUAUUUGUUGCAAAAACCGGAAUAUCAACCAAUAAUGGAGACUUUUGAAAAGUACAUCGUGCGUCAUAUGAAAUUGCUGUACGAAUAUCAGGAACGUCAUGUGAGUUCUUUCCUCGAAUUCGCUCCGGCGGUGUUGGAAUUCGCCUAUGAUCACGUUUUCGGGGAAAAAAGUGCCUUGGUUGUCGAUGGGAGUCGCGUACAUUUCCAAGCAUUCGCGAUUUAUUGUUUUAAUUUGAUCAAAUCGCAACUCGGGUACGACGAUAAGGUCCCCAAAUACUCGCAAGACAUCGACAAGGCAAUGGUCAAGGUCACCGAUGGCUUUUUCAACACCGAAAGACUCCAAAUUGUCGUUGACAAAUUAAUUUCCGUCUAUUUUCUCAUGACUGAGGUCGAAAUGAACAUUUGGGAAUCCGAUCCGGAGGAGUAUGUCGGGCAAGAAACGGGCGACAGUUGGAAAUAUUGCAUGCGUUCGAGUGCCGAGACGCUUUUUGUGCUCGUUUGCAAGUGUUACAACAAAGAAAUCACCCCGAGAUUGCAAAUUUUGGUCAAUGCGGCGCAACAAUUGGAAUUGACAGCGAUGACGCCGGCACAGGAUGUUUUGUAUAAAGAAGCUAUUUAUAAUGCAGUUGGUCAAGCGUCGUUUCGGUUGUUUGAUGAGCUCGAUUUUGAUUAUUGGUUUACGAAUUUUUUGGUGCAGGAGAUGCAAAUUAAGGAUCCGGCGUUGAAAAUUAUCAAGAAACGGGCGAUUUGGUUGAUUGGAACAUGGACUGCGGUGAAAUUUAAUCGAGAUCUUCGUCCGGCGGUUUAUGAAAUGUGUGGGAUGUUGCUGGAUCCGGAAGAGGAUUUGGUUGUUAGGCUCGUGACGUCACAGACCCUCAAAAACAUCUUAGACGACUUCGAAUUCACUCCCGAACAAUUUUUGCCAUAUCUCGAAGUAAUUUUCGUGCGACUUUACAAUCUCUUGCAGAACGUCGACGAAUGCGAAACUAAAAUGAACAUUUUAAAAACCAUGUCUUUCAUCAUCCAAAAAAUGUCGUUUUCCAUCAAAGGUCAUGCCAACCAACUCGUCGAAUAUCUCCCGAUCUUAUGGGAACAAAGUCAGGACAAUUACAUGCAAAAAACUGUCAUUGUCUCGACGAUGCGUGACAUCAUCCAAGCUCUCGGAGGCAUUCCCGAGACGUUGCUAAACUUCAUUUACGACAUUUUGCAGCACAGUACGAACGUCGAAGAUGACAUGCAUGUUUAUAUGAUCGACGAGGGUUUGGAAUUGUGGCUUAAAACGAUCCAACAUUGCAAAGUCCCGAAUGAAAAUCUCGUGAAAUUGACUUCCAACUUGAUUCCGAUCAUCGAAUCGAGCUCAACGUACCUCCGAACGUGCUUGCAUAUCGUUCAAGCGUACAUUUUGCUGAUUCCCGAAUAUUUCAUCACGAAUUUCGGGCCGCCUUUGGUGAACAAACUCAUGGAAUUGCAACAAGAUAUGCGCUCGGAAGGGAUAAUUAUGAUCCAUUCGAUGUACAUUGUGAUGCUGAAAACGGAUGCGAAUCUCGCGGUGCAAGUUUUACGUCCGGCGCUCAUCGAAGUCUUCAAAGGAGUUUAUCAAGCGGAAGUUUAUGUGUCGGAAUUGAGGAUUUAUCUUCAAAUUAUCGCUCGAGUCUUGGCAAUGCAUCCAAAUGCGUUUGGAGAAAUUUUGCAAGCGAUGGGAAAACCCGAUGGAUUUGAGAAAAUUUUCGAAGUUAUGCUCGAAAAAUUCCAUUUGGCACAAAAUAAUGAGGAACGAAAGCUGUUGGCGCUGGCAGUCGGAAGUAUUAUGACGAAACCCGUAGAUGCCAUUUAUCUGAAUAUGGCAACAAUUAUGGAGAAAUUGCACAAAGCCAUGCUGAAUAUCGUACAAGAUGACGAAGAAACAGGACAAAAAAUUGAUUCAUUAAUUUUAUCGAACGAAAGUGAUGUGACGUACGACAAUGAUAUUUUCGACGCAGAUGAAUUUGACGAAUCCACGCCACAUUUUGAGCGUUUACAGAAACUUGGAUUGAAAGAUCCGAUUCAUACAGUUCCCUUGCAUGAGUUUAUUCAAAAUCAAAUAAAUACAAUUCGACAACAACUCGGAGAUGAACGUUACCAAGCACUGAUGAUGUCAAUUGAUCACGAAACCUUAAAUGAAGCUAGUUUAUUUUUGAAUUUAUAUAUUCCAAUACCAGAUCACAAUUCGAAUCGGCUGGAAUCGACAAUGGAUUGAAAUUUAGAAUUUACGAAAUAACCAUCGCUUUUUUUCGUAUUUUUGUACGAAAUGCUUUAAUUUAUUUUUUUCUAAUAAAUUUUUAAUGUUA